GGCCGGCGCUAGUUCGGCAUCAACCGCCGAUAAGAGCGCAUGUGAAGUGUGCUCGUUCACGGCCGAACCGCGCACGCGCUGUGAGACGCGAUCGCGAACCAAACCCGACCAAAACAUUCGGGCGAAAAUUGUCACACCACCCUCCUUCGCAGUGACAGUGACGUUUCGGGGUGGCAUUGACAGGACAUGCAUUUCGGAUUUUUGUUAUGAUUUCGCAGAAAAUUGGCAUUAUAAAUUACAAGUGAUCGCAAAUUUCGUAGUGGAUACGGUGACCGUUUAGUUUUACGAGUGAUACAGUGCUGUGGAUGGAUUUGAAUCACUGAAAUAAUGAGUCCGGGCGCUGUUGGGUAGCGGAAUGAUGCGCAAGGAGAGUGCCGGGCUGCCCGGCGGGACUGAGGUCGCCCUGGACGCUGCCGACUGCCUCACGCUGCAGCAAGUCCUCCAGGCCUUCAACUCGAGCAUCAGCGAGGAGCACGCCUGGGCGCUGUUCUACCAGGGGUCGCGUUGCUUCCAGAAGUGCAUUGACGAAGGCACGGCGUAUUGUUUGCCGACUAAGUUGGCGCAUGUGGUUUUGCACAAGGAUGGGACCGUGCACCCUAGGACGCUGAUGCAUACAGGAGAUGACAGAAGCAGGGAAAAAUUCAAUGCAGAGCAUGAGUUGGUGGUCAAUCUGGCCAUCGUGGUGUACCAGGCGCUGGACUACACGCAUGGUGAGGACGAGGAGCGGCUGAUGUCGCCCGAGCUCGAGAGCCUCAUCACUGAGAUGACGGCGAACAACGCCGCAGAGGACGACGAGGAGUGCGAGGGCGCGCUGUCGGAGGGCUCGGAGACGUCGGAGGGCGGGCGCGCGGACACCGACGACGAGGGCAUCGAGAGGGACUCGGAGCCGGCGCCGCGGCGGCGGAGGAGCAUCAGGAGGUUCAUGCUCAAGGAUGUGGUGGAGCGCUGCAUAUGGCACUGCGGCGGCAGCGGCGCCCGGCUCGCGCGCGACAACGCGGCGGCGCACUACCGCGCCGUGUGCCGCGCGCUGGUCGCCGAGGCGCUGGAGCUGGCCUCCUUCCUCGCGCGGGUGCGCGUGCACGGCGCGCGGCACCUGGGCGCGGCCGAGGACUCCGCCAUGCACCUCGACACGCUGCACUUCUCCGACUGGGCGCGGUUUUGGAUGCAAGUCAUCGGUGACCUGAGGAUGGGGGUUAAAUUAAAGAAGGUGAACUAUUCAAGAACGCCUAUUGAAUAUGAGCUGACUCCGUAUGAAAUACUAAUGGACGACAUUAGGUCGAGGCGGUACACGUUAAGGAAAGUUGACGGCGCGAUACCUCAAAGUGUCAAAAAGGACGCACACGCUAUGAUACUCGAAUUCAUUAGAAGUAGACCUCCACUUAAAAAGGCGUCAGAACGCAAGCUACCACCACGGCGGCGGGAGGUGACGCCGCGGGAACAACUGCUGGCCUCCAUCCAGGUGGGCAGACAACUCAGGCCUACGCCCUACUCAAGGCGGUUAUCGACGAGCGGGUCGGGCAGCGGGCCGGGGGGCGGGGAGCCGCACGCGUAUCCGCACGAGUAUCCGCACCCGCACGCGCGCCGCACUGACGUCACGCCGCACGCACCGCACGCGCCACCCCAGCGACGGCUUAUCAAAGCCACUCUUGAUAAUGACGACGACGACGACGAUGACGACACGGAGACCUGCGCCAGUCCCGAGACGUGCGCGCCGCAGCCUUACCCGCGGCACACGGCGCCGCAGCAAACACCACCGAAGCCUUGGAAGCGGACCGUGGCGACGGGGACACCUCGUGCGCCGCCCCGGACCCGCAUCUCCCAUGACGAGUACCAUCAGUUUUGCGACGAGACCCUCGAAUCGUACGACCUGGCGACGCAGUGCCCGUCGCGUCGCGCCUCCAUGCGACGUCACACAAUCACUCACAGUGUCCCCCCCACCGAUGGUGCGCAAUCUAUGCCGCACUCCAGGCCCAACUCCCGAGCGUCGUGCGGCGGCGCCACAUCUCUCGCCAGCAGCGACGCGGACGCCCAGCUGGGCGACCUGUCGUGGUCUCGCUCCUCGCUGCAGGACGAGCUCAUCAAGUCGGUUAGUGGCAGCCCCACUCAUCAGCAUAAACAAUGGCAAGACGCGAUCAUGUCCGACGACCGGCUCUCAUUGACGCUAGAAGAAAUUGUACACAUCCGGUCGGUGUUGACUAAAGCUGAACUUGAGGUCCUCCCGGUUGAGGGCAGGGUUAAAGAAGACGUUGAGAAGAGAAGGGUAUGCUUCCUAUGUUUGAAGACGCGGUUUGGCAUUUUCGGUCCGUGGGGACAGAAAUGUAAACUGUGCAAGAAAACUGUCUGUCAAAAAUGUUGUUCGAAGAUGCGGAUCCCGACGGAGCACUUUGCGCACGUGCCGGUGGCGCUGCUGAGCCCGUCGCUGCUGCCGUCGCCCGAGGACGAGCAGCAAUCCUUCCCGCGCUCGCUCAUGGCGCGACUGGUCUCACCCGAGCGCAGUGUGAGUAUCAGAACAUCGUCUAACCAGAUGCGGAUCCCGACGGAGCACUUUGCGCACGUGCCGGUGGCGCUGCUGAGCCCGUCGCUGCUGCCGUCGCCCGAGGACGAGCAGCAGUCCUUCCCGCGCUCGCUCAUGGCGCGACUGGUCUCACCCGAGCGCAGUGUGAGUAUCAGAACAUCGUCUCACCAGAUGCGGAUCCCGACGGAGCACUUUGCGCACGUGCCGGUGGCGCUGCUGAGCCCGUCGCUGCUGCCGUCGCCCGAGGACGAGCAGCAAUCCUUCCCGCGCUCGCUCAUGGCGCGACUGGUCUCACCCGAGCGCAGUGUGAGUAUCAGAACAUCGUCUCACCAGAUGCGGAUCCCGACGGAGCACUUUGCGCACGUGCCGGUGGCGCUGCUGAGCCCGUCGCUGCUGCCGUCGCCCGAGGACGAGCAGCAGUCCUUCCCGCGCUCGCUCAUGGCGCGACUGGUCUCACCCGAGCGCAGUGCGACGGUAGAAAACAGCGUGGGGUCAGCGCCCAACAGCCCGGCGUCGACGCGUCGGCACGCGGCGGCGUCAGCGCCCGGUUCGCGUGGCGCGUCGGCCAUGGGCUUCGCGGAGCCGCUGCCGACGGUGCGCGUCGACGGGCCCGGCAGCAUGCCCUGUGUAUCCACGCCGCUGUCUUCGAUGUCCACGCUCGAACGAAGAGCGCGGUACGGGCGCAGCGUCACGGGCGCGUCGGCGGCGGAGCGCCUGCGCGGCGUGCAGAUGGCGGUGUGCCACGACUGCAAGGCCAUGGUGCUGCAGAUCAUCAAGUCGUCGCGCGCCUGCCGCUCCGCCUCCCGCGACCGCGCGCUGCGGCACCUCACGCUGGACCUCGCGCCCGUCUACACCGCCGACUGUUAGCCUCGCAUAGCCUCACACGUUGUUGCUGACUCACACUUGCGUAUUUCAGCUAUUCAAAGCUCAUCGCAAAGCGCUCGCUGGCGUUAAACUGUUCGAAAAUUAAAUCAUGCCUAAGCCAACGAUGCGGUCUGAGAUGGGGCACUCUUGCCCAGAAAGUGUUUAUCGACUCUGGUGUAUUUAAAUGGCAGGAAAAUCUUUUUGCAUCGUAGUUUAGAAAUGCCACAAGUUACAAGUUACAUAGUCACAAGUUACAAGUUACAUAGUCUUCUUCUUCUUCUUGAUGUCGCGGCUCUGCAGGUCUUCUUGAGGUCCUGUAUCACGUUGACCGUUACCGAUCUAUUGUGAUCGAAGUUACAUAGUCACAAGUUAAUAUUUUCUAAAAUUGUAACUGUAAUAGUUGGUAAAGACAAUAUUUUCUAAAGUGACUCAGGUCUAGAAUUAUAGAAUUAUAAACAAAUGUAGAAUUAGCAGAAAUCUUGAGUAAAUUAUGAUUUCGACUAUAUAAAGAUAAACGUUUUUGUAGUAUUUAUGACAAAAGUAAUUUUCCUCGACUUUUUCCAUCAACUUAAACUAAUGCUAAAAUUCACAAGAGAUCAAUUCUGUCACAUUUUGAAAUCGAGACAAAUAAUGCGCGCGCUGAAAAACGCAAGUGUGGUCUGGCUAUAGGCUGCUGUUUGCUCCAGGUACCUUCGUAAUACAAAACUAGUGUUCAUGGAAUAUUCAGAUUUUUAUGUACAUUCCAUUAUCUAAGGCCACACACUCACGAAUGCAGUCUUGCUUAGUGUCUAAGUUUUAAACGAUGAUAUCGUUUUCUCACAAGAGUAAAAGCAUUAGGUGCUAAGCAAGCCUUAGUUAAGUGUAGCCUUGGAUUUACUUGAUAAUUGCACAUGGCAGCCUAAUCUUAACCUCAAUGACGUAUACUUACCGACACGACUCUCUUACCGUACAACAAAGGCACAAUCUUUACAUUCGACUAAACUGUUACGGAUAAACGCUCAAAUAGAUCAUCUAAAACGACUGAAAGGACAUUUAGAAAUAGACACUAUGUCCUGAUGUCCCGUCUGAUCAGGAUAAUAUUUUUGGGAAUUAAAUUUUACGUAAAACAUUUUCUCCCCUUUCAUUAAAUUGUAUAAAUUAGUAUAUAAAACACCAAUGUAAUUAGAAGAAAUAGCUAAUUGAUAUAUAAACUAAUUUUGAGUAGACUCAAGACUGUCUCUAGUUGAAGUAUUUUUUGUUGAGAGUCGAUUCGCGUUUAGCCAUAAACUAUGGGUUUUCCAAUGUACUUAGUCUCAGAAGAAAUUUUGAUAUUAGAUAGCUUUUUGUUCAAUGCUCGUUCGGUUUUGUUUCUGCUGUAAUAUUGCUGUGUUGAUGAGUGAAGGAUAUGGUUGCCGGCUUAAAACAGGCACAUAAGCUUUAUAACCUUGAAUAGAAGAACUUCACUUUGCAAGAAGUGCUCCUUGCAAGUCGCAUGCCCUAUGUAGUGUUGCUCUGUUAGGCAAUGGAUUUCCUCUAAUCAUCACGUGGGCCAUCUGCUUGGUCCGAAAAAAGCCCACAAAAAAUUCUGUUCAAGCCAUACAAAAUAAAACAGAAUACUAAUAGUGCCACAAACUUAUCAAGCCCGGUAAGACGCUUUAGUAGUUACUUUUGCCAACGCGAUCGUCGCGACAUUAGCUCCAGUUUUGGCCACCGGAUCACUAAUGUUUGUUGCACUAUACUAGAUUCAUUGCGAUUGGCUAAGUACGAAUCGACUUGCGACAUAAAACGAGUCAUCUAGGCACAGGCUCAGCGACAAAUAAAGAGCUUCCGAGGUUGUGUAGAAUUCAUGUUGUGUUUGUAGGUGGACUGUGAUCCGACACGUAGACUAUUGACAAUACUCUAUGACCUUUGACAGAUAGUGAAACACCUUUUUGUUAUGAUUUAUCGCACAAAGGCAACUAUUUACAGAAAUCCGAUGUAACCGGUGACAAUCACACAGCAAAAUUAUAUUGAAUGAUAUACUAUUAAUUAAAUUUUAAAAUACUAUUUCGAAAAAUUACUAAGAUAUUUUGUCACAUAUAUGUAAUAUAUUUAUAUAUUCGGUAUAAUAGAAUUAUAAUAACAAUUUAUGUCUACAAUUUCAAUGUAAAAAUUAAUCUGUGUUCAAAUUAAAUGUGCUAUGAAUGUUAUCGUACGAAAAUAUAAUUAUUAUAAUAUUAUAAAUGUUGAGACAUUAUUCUGGUAUAUUCCAUAUUUGUAUGUAUUAAUUAUCUCAAUCUUGAAGCAUACCGUAUUUUCUCAGUUUACGACCUAUUUGUGAAACUAUCAGCCAUGCUUUGUUAGUUAAUCACUUGCAAAUAAGCGACUUUAUUGCAGAAUGCAAUUUAUUUUCCUGUGCCAUAUCAAACAGUUCAUUAUUAUUUAGACAGAUUCGGAAUGUAACAUUGGUGCAUAUUGUACCUGCAGGCUGAUGCUUGAUUGAACGAAGGCAGAGCAAAGAUGAUUACUGUUAAUUUACUUUCUAGCUUUACAGAUCAGAGCUGUCAAAUUGAAUACUGGCAACACAAUUUCACAUUUCUCUAUUAUUUUUGAAAAUCGAAUAUGUAUUAUUUGUUUAUCUUCGACAUGGAGAAUGCAUAAAAAUGAGAAUUAUGUUACUUUUGUCGCCUUGAGCUAAAAAUAACAAAAUUAUUCUCAAAUUCAUAUUGUUUUAUGUCAUUGAGUGAUCAUUCCGUUCGGAAUUUCAUAACUCAAUGUGAAAUAAGACUUUCAUUUUUUGAACUUAAUUUUACAGUGACGAAAGUAUUCAUGUUUUAACAAUUAAUUAAAAAGUAAUAUUAGGUAAAUAUCGACUACAUUAUCAUUUUACAAUUCGCAUAUCAUCAAAUUAAUAUUGCUUAUUAUAAUUAAAUAAAUACAUAAUUAUGUAUCAAUUAGUAAGUACUGCUAUUUUAACUUUGAUUUAACAAGAUUUUUACUAAUGUUGUAGCCAGUGUUCAAUUUUAAAUUCUGUUUCUAGUAAUUUUUGUUUUUCAUUUCACCCACGCCUUAGUUUUAUUUAGAUAAUAAUUAAAUUAUUUUGCCAAAAAUGUAACCUUUCAUCUUUUGUAAAUAUAGAUUCAUUUAGUGUCAUCUUUAAAUUGGUUACUUAACAUAGAUAUAGGUUUCAAUGUUCAUAAGAAGUGUUAUUUGGUAUCCUAAAAUCUUUUUAAGAACUGGGAUUCUUCAACAAUUAAUAUUUAUAUAAAUAUUAUAUUUAAUAUUGUUUAGUUGAUUGCGCUGUUUUUCUGAUCUUUAACAUUUUUUUACAAAAUAAGACAAUAUUAAAAAUACCUUGAUUUUUCUUCUUAUGGAACCAGUUGAUUUAUACGUUUUACUAAUUGUAUUAACAACAUAUAAUAAAGAAUAAUAGUUUUGUUUUAGUUUUCGUCUAACAUUCUCUGGCCUAACAAAUUGUGUCUGUGUCAAUUUCAGCUGUUGUAUAUAUUAUUUGUGUUUUUUUCGUCAAUUUAUUUACGAUUUUGAUUAAAUCUAUUUAUAAUAAUUAAAUUUUUUUGUAUAGAAUUGAAUUCCCAGUUAUAAAUUUUUGUAAAUGUAUGUAAAUUUUUAGUAGAUUAUAUUAUUAGAUGUUACCUAGAAUGUAACCUAAAACAAAAACAUAAGAAAAAAAAUGAAAGCGGUAACGAUAUUAAAAAGAAUUACAAAUCGA